AUGCCUAUCAUUGAUACUGGCAAGGAUUUGUCGGCUCUCUUCUCGAAACAGGUGAAAGAGACGCCUGAUGCCAUUGCUCUCGAGGACGAGUCAAACACUUAUUCGUACGCCGAGCUCGACCAAAUCGUUGAGGCUCUUUCUCAACGUCUCCGCAACUACGGCGUCAGUCGCGACACACUCGUCGGUGUGCUACUUCCACGCAGUGCUGACUAUGUGAUUGCCUGUCUCGCUGCACUUCGUGCUGGAGGUGCAUUCCUGGUUCUCGAACUCGCAUACCCUCCGGAUCUAUUGGCCGACGUCAUUGACGACGCUAGACCGGCAGUUGUUGUCACUCACAGAUCUGAAGUUGGCAAGAUUCAGGAAGGCGUCCCAGUCCUGGCUCUCAACGACGAAGCACAAGAAAUCAAUGGUGACCAAAAAGAGCCAGCACCUCUGCCUGCUGAAGAUGAUCUCGAUCGCCUUGCUUUUGUUGCUUAUUCGUCAGGUACCACCGGAAAGCCCAAGGGUAUCGCCAAUCCCCACAGAGCACCCGUACUCUCAUAUAAUCUCAGAUUCGCUGUCUCGGACCAGCAGCCUGGCGACCGUGUUGCGUGCAAUGUCUUCUUCGUCUGGGAAAUCCUGCGUCCCCUCCUGCGUGGAGCCACUGUCGUCGCUGUCCCUGACGAAGUCAGCUAUGACCCCCUCGCCCUUGUUGAGAUGCUUGCAGCCAAGAAAAUCACAGAAACUCUCAUGACUCCCACUCUUCUGGCCACUGUCCUCUCACGUCACCCUGAUAUUGCCGAGCGCCUCCCUGAGCUGCGUGUCCUGUGGCUCAAUGGCGAGGUUGUGUCUACCGACCUCGCUCGCAGCGCCCUCAAAGCCCUCCCCAAAGUCCGCCUACUCAACUGUUACAGUGCCUGUGAAACACACGAGAUCGCCUGCGGUAACAUUGGAGAGAUGCUCGAACACCUCGAUGAGGCCGCCCUCUACUGCCCAGUUGGCCCCUCUCUCGACCCCAAGCACACCUACAUCGUCGAUGAGGCUGGCAAUAGAGUUGAGGAUGGUGUUAGCGGAGAGCUCUUCUUUGGUGGAGACCUUUUGGCUCGCGGUUACCUCAACCUGCCCGAGACUACCGCCAAAGCUUUCUUGAGAGAUGAAUACGAUUCGACUGAAGGUGCUCUAAUGUACAGAACUGGAGAUCUGGCACGUAUGCUUCCUUCCGGACUCCUUGAGAUCACUGGUCGUGUUGGAUCCAUGAUCAAAUUGCGCGGCUACUCUGUCGUGCCCGCCAAGGUCGAGAACUCCAUCAUCACUCACCUUGCUGUCAGCACGUGUGCAGUUAUUGCUCACGGCGAGGGUCUCGACAGACAGUUGGUGGCAUACAUUGUACGCGACAAGGAGGGAACCAAGAACCGCAAGUUCCCUGAGAUUCUCGAGUCAGGUCACAGUCCCGAAGCUCGCAAAGCACUUUCUGAGGCUUUGGCACAGUACAUGCUGCCCUCAUUGUGGGUCGUGCUUGAUGAGAUGCCUCUGCACGAGGUUUCUGGAAAGGUCGAUCUCAAGAAGUUGCCGGCACCCGUCACAACUCCCGCGAAUGGUGCCAAUGGAACCAAGGCUGCUCAGGCUCAGGAUCCCAUUGGCGUUAACGACGUGGCCGAAAUCUGGGCAGCCACUCUGAACAUGCCUCGUAGCAUCAUUGAUCCUUCGAGCAACUUCUUCGAUCUGGGUGGUCACUCCCUUUCGCUUGCUAACCUGGCCGCAAAGUUCUCAAAGACUUUCGGCUUCCGUGUCCCUGUUGCUCGUCUUGCUGACCCUCCCACUCUUGCCGGUCACGUCGACACCGUCCGUGGCGUUAGAGAUGGUCAUGCUGCAGCAGUUCAAGCAGAUCUUCCUGCUGUGUUACGUAAGGACUCUACGCUUGAUAACGAUAUCCAGGCCAACGGAGCCAAGUUCUGCCCUCUUAACAAAGCCAAGACUGUACUACUGACUGGCGCAACCGGUUUCUUGGGCGCUUUCCUUCUCAGCGAUCUUCUGGAGCACACUUCCGCUCAGAUAAUCUGCUUGGUGCGUUUCAACAACCCUGAAGGUAGCGACUACUCGGCUGGUAUCGCAAGAUUGAGAAGACAUCUUCUUGAUUUGGGCUUGUGGCGAGAUUCUAUCAUGGAGCGUGUUGAAAUCCUGCCCGGUAAUCUUUCUAGUGAGCGCCUUGGUCUCAGCAAGGAUCUCUGGCAGGAUUUGGUCUCCAGAGUUAACGUCAUCGUUCACGCUGGUGCCACCGUCAACUUGAUCUACCCCUACGCCUCUCUGCGUGGCGCCAACAUCGAGGGUACCAGAGAGAUUCUGCGUCUUGCCUCCCAGGGAGGUGCUACUGUUCAGUAUGUUUCCACAAACGGUGUCUUGCCUCCUUCCAAGCACGGUUGGCCCGAGUUCGCUAUGCUUGACGUAGACUCUGUUCAAGACAAGCUCCUUGAUGGUUACGGCCAGACCAAGUGGGUCGCUGAACAACUUGUUCACGAGGCUAGUCGCCGUGGCCUGCCGGUCAAGAUCUUGCGUGCUGGUACUAUCAGUGGUCACAGCUUGACCGGUUCUGCCAAUGCCUGGGAUUUGGUAUCUGCCCUGAUUGUUGAGUCUGUUCAUCUCGGCUUCCACCCAGAUGUUGAGGGAUGGCGCGCUGAGAUGACCCCGGUCGACUUUGUCAGCAAGGCCAUCAUCCACCUUGCUAAUCAAUCUCAAGCCAAGCAGCUCGUCUUCCAUCUUGGAGACCCUACCCCUGUCGACAUGAGCUCUGUAUUCGAAGAUCUGGACAAGCUCGGCUACCCAACGAAACCUCUUGAAUGGGAAGAGUGGGUUACCAUGUGGAUUGAGAAGAGAGGAAACGUUAGGGGCGGUGAUGGCAACUUCACUGUUGACAUUCUUCGCAGCGGUAUGCCUAGCGUCGAGUUCCUCAGAGGUAUUGUCGUUCUCAACAACGAGGCCACAAGACCUUUCCGCUCCGUUGUCGAACGCCCCAAGGUCGAUGCUGUUCUCCUUGAGACAUAUGCUCGCCAUUGGUUUGCCAGAGGAUGGCUGCCUCGCCCUCCUUCAGGUCUGAGCUCUCUUGGUGGUGCUGCACACAUGCCUCGCAGAGGACCCCUGAGCGGACGCGUCGCCAUCGUUACCGGCGCGUCAUCGGGUAUCGGUGCCGCUGUCGCAGUCGCUCUCGCAAGAGAAGGUUGCCAUAUUGCUCUUGCUGCUCGUCGCACAGAUGCUCUUGAGGCACUCAAGCGCAGACUCACAGUCCGUGAAGGCAAGGUCAUUGUCCGCCAGACCGACGUCACGAGCCGCCAACAGAUGGAGGCUCUCGUCCAAGCUACUGAAGAAGAGUUGGGUCCGGUCGACAUCCUUGUCUCGUGCGCUGGUGUCAUGUAUUUCACCAUGAUGGCCAACGCCAAGGUCGACGAAUGGGAACAAACCGUUGACGUCAACUGCAAGGGUCUGUUGAACUGCUUGUCUUCGAUUGUGCCUGGCAUGCUCUCCCGCGGUUCUGGUCACAUUGUUGCCAUCUCCUCGGACGCUGGUCGUAAGUGCUUCCCUGGUCUCGGUGUAUACUCAGCCAGUAAGGUCUUCGUCGAGUUCACUCUCCAAGCUCUGCGUCUCGAGACCGCAGGCAAGGGUCUCCGUGUCACCGGUGUUCAACCUGGAAACACACAAACCGACCUCCUCACCAUGUCCAGCGAUAAGGAGGCUGUUGAGAAGUACGGCGAGCCUUCUGGCGCUCAGAUCCUCGACCCCGAAGAUGUCGCCAACUCGAUCGUUUAUGCACUCAAGCAGCCCGCUCACGUUGCUGUCAACGAGAUUUUGAUCGAGCCCCGUGAUGAGCCCAUCUAG